AUGGAGGAGGUUGGCGAAGUAACUGUGACUGUGACAAACGAAGGAGGGCCAAGUGAAGAAGUGAAGAAUGGCUACAUGUUGUUUAGACGAGAAUUUCUUAAGGGUGGGGAGAAGUUUAAGAAUAUGUCUGAACAAGUGAAAAAGGCAUCAAAGGCAUGGAAGCAGUUGACACCAGAGGAGCAGAAGAAAUACAGUGAUAGGGUGAAGCAAUCAAGAAAGGAAGGGAUGAAGAAGAAGAGGAAGAAAAAAGUGGCUUUUAGCACUCGUUGCUCGGUUCGGCAAUUUAAGUCAUUAGUGGACUUCAUAAAAGAUGAUGAAGAUUUGAAAGUGAGGGUACAAAAUUUAGGCUUUGGCCAUUUACUUGACAUUGGAUGUGAGAGACUCCCUCGUGACCUCAUAGUAUGUGUUCUCCGAGCAUAUGAUCCGCCUACCCAUCAAUUUCUAAUAAGAGGGAUAAUAAAGGAAAUAGAAGCAAAUGAUGUUGCAAACUUGUUGGGUGUACCCCACACAGGGGAGAAGGUAAAAAUGGACGUAUGUGAUGAUGAUGAGACAUACCAGAGGUUGAAGGAGGAAUUUGGUAAAGUCCCUUAUACGAAGAUACUCAAUGACAUUAAAUCUGGGCAGAAGAAAGAUGAGUUUGAGUUCUUGUUUAUGCUGUACACACUUGGGAGUUUUUUAACUCCUACUUCACAAACAACUGUGAGUGACAAGCUAAUAAGAGUCAUGUGCUGUACCAUGAAGGGAUUUCACCAAUUUGAUUGGGCCACGUACAUUGUGAAGCACUUGUGGAAAGAGAUGGGAGAUUAUGUGAAAGUGUACACAAAAGCAAAGAAAGACGAAGAUGAAGAUGAAGGAAGCUGCAAUGUGGGAGGAUGCAUCUACCUCCUGUUGUUAUAUUUUGCUGAGCACUUCCCACUAUCCAAAACUGUUGAGAGAGGGUCCCUAAAUGCCAUUCAAUUCUGGACUGAUGAGAAGAUAAGGAAGCUGGAAAAGAAGGAGAGGGAAAGCAAGAGGGGUUUACUGUAUAAGGGCAAGGGAAGUAUGGAUAGAAGUGGGAAGGAUGAAGGAAAACGCAGAAAUAAGGAUAGGGAAAAUAAUGUGACCACAGAUGAUGAGGACCCUAUUGACGUCCCAGAUGAUGAUAAGGGAGAUGAUGAUGCAUUUGGCGAUGAGGACCCCCAUGAUCAUGAUGGACAUGAGUCUGAUCAUGAAGGUGAUGAUAGAGAUGAGUUCCACAAGGGAGAUGAUCAGGGAGACGAUGAUGCAACUGGCUCAGAUAGAGGUGAUGACAUCAGUGUUGCAGCAAAAGGUGCAGACAAAGAAAUUAUGGAGUCUCCCCUGCCCUUUUCCCCCAUGGACAAGGGAUGUCAACUCCAAAGGUCGCAAAGGGAGAUGAAAUCCGCUAUCAAUUCUCCAUGGAUUUUGACAAAGCCAAUUAAGAGGCCUUUGGUGAAAAUCUCUGAUGAAGAUAUCACUCGGGAUCAGCUAAGGACACUUGGUGGAAUUGAGAAAAUAGGUAACCGGCUGAUGUCAACUGUGUGCAAGACUCUAAUGGCUGAUAUGGAGAACGAAGGGCAGGUGAAGCGGCACAUUUUUUAUGCUGACUUUAUGGCAAUAAUGGCAGCUAACCCAAAGCUGUGGGAUGCUACAAAACGGAAGAAACAAUUUUUACCUGAAAAUGUAAGCUACAAUAUAGGAGAAUGUGAUUUGAUCUUUGGACCCACACUUGUUGGCACUCACUGGUUCUGUGUUGUGCUUGAGCCUAGCAUAAUGAAUUUCUAUGUGCUGGACUCAAUGAAGCCAAAUUUAGAGGGUAAGAAGAAGAGCAAGAAGAAGGGUGUAAUUAUUGAUGACAUGACGACCGUGGUCACUGAAUGUGUAAGGAUAAUGCAACUCAUCUUCUAUGAUUGA